GACGUUGUUUUUGAAGCCGCCAUGGAGGACACGCUCACCUGCUGCAGCCAGGACGCCACCUUCUCUCAGGUGUUCGGGCGCCAGGGACAGUUGAUGCAAGCCACCGUCCAGUCUCUCAACAACCUCAACGACCAGAUCGCUCAGUUCAUGGUGAGUCGGCCGUGGAGCCUGAGUCGGGGAGAGAGCGUCUUCCUGACAGGGGAGCAGGAGGGUGACGCCGUCACCAAGUCCAUGACCCUCAUGAGACACCUGCUCAUGGAUGCACAGGGAAAAAUCCUCAAAAUGAUGGAGGACAACAAGCAGCUGGCCCGCCGCAUCGACGGGGCCAUCCGCUCGGCCGGCCAGGAAGUCAGCAACCUGCGCUCGGAGCUGACGGCCACCAACUGCAGGCUGGCCGGCCUGGGAGCCGGCGGCACGGCCGCUUUGGAGAACCAUCACCACCGGCAGCACAAGCACCACGCCGACAGUCUCCGCUACCGGGAUCCAGCCGUGCAUCACAGGCAGAAGACGAUGGUGACUGACAUGUGCUACCCGGCAGAGAUUUCCAGCCUGAUGGACUUCGGCUCUCCCGACUGCUCGCUGGGCAAAGUGUUGUUGCACGAGGAGGUGGCCCAGCUUCAGGAGGAGGUACACCUACUACGGCAAAUGAAGGACAUGCUGGGCAAAGACCUGCACGAGGAGUCCCAAGGAGGAGGAACCCCAGGCCUGCUCUCCACAGCCGAGCUCCACGUCCAGCUGGGUGACAAGGAGCAGGAGCUGGACCACGCCAAGGAGGCCUUACAAGCCAUGAAAGCCGACCGUAAACGUCUAAAAGGGGAGAAAAGCGAUUUGGUGAGUCAGAUGCAGCAGCUGUACACAACACUGGAGAGCCGAGAAGACCAGCUCCGAGAAUUCAUACGCAACUACGACCAGCACCGAAAGGAGAGUGAGGAUGCAGUGAGAGUGCUCGCCAAGGAGAAGGAUGUGCUGGAGAGGGAGAAGUGGGACCUGAGGCGACAGACCAAAGAGGCCACGGAGCAGGCUAACCUCCUGCGCUCUCAGUUGGACAUGAAGGAGAAUAGGAUCAAGGAGCUGGAGGCCGAGCUCACUAUGGCCAAGCAGUCUCUAGCCACGUUGACGAAAGACGUUCCCAAGCGCCACUCGUUAGCCUCCACCACCAACGCCGGCUCCACUGAGCCCGUGGUAAACGGCAGUCAGGAGUGGGUGAUGCAGGCUGACCUGCCGCUGACCGCCGCCAUCCGGCAGAGCCAGCAGACCCUCUACCACGGACACAACGCCGACAGACAAGCUGUGGUCAGGAUCAGUCCCUGCCACUCGCGCCAGCCGUCUGUCAUCUCUGACGCCUCGGCCGCCGAAGGGGACCGCUCGUCCACGCCCAGCGACAUCAACUCGCCCCGUCACCGGACGCACUCCCUCUGCAAUUCCAUGGAGGACCUGGAGGAGCAGAAGCGUAAGAAGAAAAAGGAGAAGAUGACGUUGGGCUCCUUGUCACGCGUCUUUGCCCGAGGGAAACAGCGCAAGUCCCUGGACCCGGGGCUUUUUGAUGGGACAGCCACACCUGACUAUUACAUAGAGGAGGAUGCUGACUGGUGAUAUUGCGUGUGUGCGCUUGCCUGUGUGUCGGUGUGUGCGCGUGUAUGAGAUGAGCGUAUUUAGGGGGGAGGUAUCCAAUUUUAAAAACAAAAAAUGCCUAAAGGAGACUGCUAUCCCACCAAAUGUAUAGUAUAUUGUAUGCUUAAAAUUGUAUGUAUGUAAAAAAUAUAUAUAUUUAUAGAUGUACAUGUAUGCAUAUGUAUAUAUGUGUACUUGCAUAUAAAUAUAUACAUGGGGCUAUUAUCACGUGUAUUUGUAGAAAUGAUGUAUUAUCUCGUCUUGAUGUUCUAUUUUUUUGUUUGUUUGUUCUUUUUUUCAACUGGAGACUUGAAGGACUGCUGUUUAUGUGUAAAUAGAGCAAAUAUGUGUUUUUACCGAUUUUUCAAAUUUUUUUUGAUCACGCUUGACAAAGCAGCUUCAUAUCCAACAAAGGCCAUUUGGGAGGAUGGGCGGAAACCGGCAUAUGCUUCACUUGGAUGCCCCAAGAUUGUUAUUUAUGCACUUGUGUGUUGUCAUAUCAUAUCACAAAGGGGCAGAUGGAAUUGAUAAAUUACUGACCAUAACUCUCAUCCUUGGAAAAAUGCUGUAUUUUCUCAAAUAUCAUAAGAAACAGUCAUAGUUCAUGAUACUGGUAAAUGAUCAUAUUGUUCUGGUGUAAUAACAGUUAAUGAAAAUAUAUGAUGUUAGUGUAGGCUUUUCAUAAAGACCAAUAUUUAUUUAUAGUGGUAGGAAAAUAUCAAAAAAAUAUACUUUAAUAAAUACUAUUUAAUUUGUUUAAAUAAAGACCUCUGCUCAGAUAAACAGUGAUUAAUAAUUGUAUCUGACCACCACUGAAUGUAAGCAAAAUGAACAUCAAUAUUAUUUCAUAACUGUUAUUAUAUUAUUACAUGCAACUCAUUGCUAUACAUCAUUCAUAACAGUUGUUUGUUUUGCUCAUGUUGCUUUGCUAUCCAGUUUGUAGAACUCUCCUAAUAUGUCUCUGUUUAAUACUUUGUAAUUUAGGCAACGUGGAAUAAAAGAUGAAAUCUAUGGAAGUAUUUUAUUUAAAAAAAUAAAAGAAGUAUUUAUCUGCUGCAGAUAAAGAGGAAGUUUUGGACAUGAAAUCUUAUUUUCUAAAAUAAAACCACAACAUGUUCCAUGGA